CAAUAAUCCUAAUACCCAGAAAUGAAAUACCGAGGCAGAGGAAGCUUCAAGGGAACAUCACCCACAGCGGUAUCCAUACCGCCAUUCAAUGCUCAACAAUCGAUUUAAAACGAUGGACUUCUUCACCCCAGUCAGCAAGACCUACUUGAAGGCGAGGCCCGAGGAGCCUCUUUGGCAAGAAUCGAAACCGAGCAAGAAUCCCGAAGAAACUAUCAAGCAUAGCUCUGGCGCCACUACCGUUGAAGCUGUUUUGGAAAUCCUGAAGAACCAACCGGAUUAUGACAGCCUUAUAGCCGUUCUGAAGUCCCUUGACCAAGGCGCUAUUGACAUCACAGGCUUCGAAGUUGCAAGGCCGAGCCCUGAGGGCGCGCAGAUCAUCCAGUGCUUGGUUACGGAAAUCGUUCCCAACUAUUGGACAUUGCUCAAGGAAGAGACUUCUGGAAAACGGAGCAUUCAAGACGCCGACAGCCCGGGGAAUGUCGAGCUGCUGUUGAAAUGUCUGAGAAGCGUUACGGGUCUCAACGCCAUCAUCACGCGCAUGAAGGCAUUGAUCCAGGAAUCCAAAGCUAGCGCCAAGGAAAUUAAGCGUCCGGACCUAGUGCUCAACUUGAAUGUGCUCCUCGAGGUUUGCUCAGCGGUCUUGGGCAACGACAAGCACCUCGCUGCGCUGUGGACUGCAAGCAGCUCGGGACUAGACUCUGCAGCAAGACGACGACCAUUGUCGCACGAGUUUGCGGCACUGGUUGCCGGCGGAAGGCUUGUCUCCAUUGCAAGCGAGGCAGACGCCAUCGCCAAUCCUGACAGAACCGCGAAAGACAGCCUCUGGAUCGCAGACGGACAGCAGUACAGCACGUGGUUGGGCAGGAGCGUCGUGUGUUGGGCUAAGAGUGACAUCUCGUCUGAUGAUUCCAAGCUUUGUUCGGGAAUAUUCACACGAUCUCUUCGUCUGGGCUACUCUGACAGCCUGAUGAAGCAAAUCGUCGGAGAUAUGUUGCUCGGAUCUGAGGACAGCCGCAAAGCCUUUUUCAAGAUCUUCAGCCAGUUCUCCCAGCUCGAACAAAAGAGGGUGAUCUUUGCCGUUUUGAAGCAUCUAUCAGAGGCGUUCCUCAACCAGCUAAACGACGCAGAGUUACUGCUGCCCAAUACAGCGAUAUCGGCUGCUGCAGGCGUCAUAGAGAAAGUGGUUUCUAAUGACGAAAGUCGAAAAGCCCAUCUGAUCUCCUGGCUAACCAACUCAACCGGUGCUGGUCUUGGCGAGGGCGUUGGCAUAAGGCGCGCGGUGCUGGCUGCACUCGCCCAAGACAGGGAAUGCGUUGCCCUUGUCCUUGAUAAAAGCCUUCACCAGUUUGGCGACCAACUCUAUAUCAAGCACUCUCCCAUUUUGCAACAGCAAGUCCAUGCCCAGGUCCUGCUCCUGAGCGCCAGCUACGUGAACAAGCUGUCACCCUUGAAGCUUAGGAUGCUGAUGCGGUCUUCGAGCUACUUGAACACGGUCUCGAACAGAAUCGGCGCCUCACAAGAGAAAGCCAGAUUCCUGGGCAUGGUCAUUGCCGAGGCGCUUUCCGGCCUCGUCGACGGGAGCGACAAGAAGUUAGAUUUCAAGACGGAAGAGCUGGCGACCGAUGAAGCCAAGUUCUACAAAGACCUCACCAAGACGUUGGACAACACGGGACCCAUUGACCCCUUGAUCACCCUUCCCAAAGGGGAACAGAAGACGCAACAGCCGGCGCCAAAAGCGUCUCGUCCCAAGCCUGCGCCAAAGCCGAAGCUAACAGCUGCUGCUUCUUCCAAGUUUAUCAUCCAGGAAGUCUCAGAUUCAGAGAGCGAAGACGAAGGCCUCGUUCCCUACGCCAAGACCGCAGAUGACGCUGAAGAUUCGGACGAGGAUGCGACGCUUGUCCGCCGCGACAAGCCGAAAGCUCCUGUCUACAUCCGCGACCUCAUCAGCUACCUACGGGACACCGACAACUACGAUAAACAAAAACUCGCUCUCACUACAGCACCGCCCCUGAUUCGUCGAAAGGCCAAUUUCGGCACCGAGGUCUCGUCCCAUGCCGACGAGCUUGCGACUCUCCUUGUUGGACUCGAGGAUAAGUUCGAGGUUGAGAGCUUCCACGAGCUCCGCCUUGAGGGCAUGGUUUCUGUCAUCGUCGCCCAGCCGCAGAGGAUGGGCCAGUGGUUUGCAAAGACCUUCUUCGACGGCGACUACUCUGUCUCCCAACGCGCGUCGGUCCUCAUCGUUCUUGGCCUCAGCGCCCGCGAGCUCGCCGGUUUCGACACCUCGGAGCACGCCGCCGCGGCGUCGUUUCCUUCGAAGCGCCUCCCCGAGAGAAUGGAGUCGCUAUACAUCGAUCCCUCGCCCCCAUCAAAUCAGUACCCUUCCACGUCGAAUCUCAAGGCCAUCCCCGCCAACGCCCUCGACACCAUCGCCAACUCCUUGAUCUCCUCCUUUGUCGCCCCCAUAGCCGCUGGUGCAGCAGACGCAGCAACGGGCCCUGAUGUCCUCAAACUCUCGACAUUCACAUCUCGUCUUCCCUCCAAGUUCUCCAAGAAACCCCGCAUACGCGCCAUUCCCAACACGACGGCCUCCAUGCUCGCCACAUCCUACUUUUUCCCUCUGACCGCUCGUUUCCAACACGCACUGCGAUCCCACUCCACCCGAUCAGGAAUUUUCAUCCAGCCGUACCUUCUUUCCCUUUAUCUAAAGACUUUGGCCGUCAUCAUCCACGCCGCGGGUCCCGCUACGCUGGCUCUCCCCCAGAUGACGGCCGAGCUCUGGGAUCUGCUCCUUGGCGUACGCGCCCACGUCAACGGCGACGUCCCCGGAACGCACGCGCUGCUUGUUGCAUUGGCUGCUUUGCUUGAGGUCAAUGAGGCCUCGGACAUGCGGCGGUUGUGCGAGGCGCACCCACGCGAGGUUGUUGAGACGCAGGAAUGGGUCAGCGGAGUGUUCAGCGGCACGCGCGGCGACGACGGCGGAGAGGAAAACGAUGUCAAAAUGCUCUCUGCCGCUGUACUGAUAAAACUGCAGGAAGCGACGGAAAAGUACCGUGCGUUGCUGCUGGGUGACAUGAUUGGUUUCUCGUAGGGUACAAUCGUACAGAGAUAGCAUCGUCCGAGGGAAAUGAUGACAUUACCAAAUAACAACAUAUGACCGUGGUCUCGUGCAAAGCUAGUAAGAAAUGUCCUCAUGGGGCCCAUCUCUCAUCCAAUUCGGAACAAUCAUGCCCGUUCCUCUUCAACAAUUGAUAGGCCUGAACGCCGCCAUCCCAAGAAAACCAAAGUUACUUGCCAUGUUGUCAAUACUGCUCAUGUAUAUAAAACAAUUCCAAACACGCUGACAGUCUUCAGUUUGUCUCUCCCAUUAUAUCUUGUCUUCCACCCUUACGCACCGGCAGCGUUGAAAGGUACUGGUUCGCAUGACUGAGGUGCUCGCCAAGACUCAUCGCCAUCCGCCUCAGCUCUUCUUUCACGGCAUCCGCGCUGGCCGAACCUUGCAUGACCUCUACUGAUGGCGGCGCAGGUGGUGGCGGUAAGGGGAGGAUACCACUAUCCCGACUACCCGUUGAGCGCGGACCGCCGAGGGGCAGAGUCGGUAGGGCGGCCUGCUGUGGAGUCAGAUACUCAGGGUCCGAGUAGUCGGCGCUGUUGACGCUGUUGAACGACCGAUGCGUGUUCAACCUUAAUCCACUCUGGCCAUUUGACGGCCGAACGGUAGCGCCGGGCUCGGCCAUAUACAAGUCAGCAAGGCUUAGGUCUUCAUCUCGAGGAAUCUUCGAAGCGAAGUCAGAGUCGUCCGAAACGUAGAUAGAAGGCUCUCGAUUGGAUGCCGGCACGUAGAUGGAUGGUUCGCGAUUUGACGCUGGAACAUAGAUGGACGGCUCCCGGUUGGUUGUGGGAACGUACAAGGAAGCGUGGCGCUCCAAGUCGAAGGGGUUUGCCAUCCCGAUGUCUGAGCCGCUCACAGAAGCGGCAUCUGAGUUGGCCGUAGAGGGACGAGUGAGCUCCGGCAUCGGGUCGGCCAGGCCCAUGUCGAGGUCGAUUAGGCUCCCGGUUGACACGCGGUUGUUCUGAUAGUUUGUUUCUGGGACCAUAAGCUCGUCAAGGUCAAUCAAGCUGCCAGUGGAUUCCCGGUUAUUCAUUUGAGAAUUCGGUCGGGGGGCCAUCAAGUCAUUGCCAUAAGAAGGGGCGGGAACUGGUUCAGUCUGGUGGUGAAACAUCUGUGGGCGGGAUGCAGGAUUCGGUGCCGAGCGAUCCUCCUCCAGGGCAGGAAACACGAAGGGACGGUCUUCGCUAAAAGAUCGGUCUUCGUGAAACGGACGAUCCUCGUUGAAGGGAAACCUGGACAUUUCUGGGUUCGCUGAAGCCGGCGGGGCCAUGGAAGGAAACUUCCAGUCCUGUGUUUUCCUAUUCGGGUUCAUAUCCGCCGGGUCGCUCAAAGGCGGUUUGUUAAAAUCUGGCUCAUCUCCCAUGUGGUAGUCAACAGACACGCGUGGGCCGCCAGCUCUAAUAGUGUCCAUGUCCACAAAGUUGGCGAGAUCGCCGCCGGACAGCGAGGCAUCGAGAUCAAUGAGGGAUUCUCUCACUGCCGUAGACUGGAGAGAAUCGUCUCGCAGAGGAAGGUCCGAAGUCGGUGGGGGUAUCGGCCUGCCGUAAUAUGCCCUGGAAUUAUCCUCGUAGUUGGAUAUCGUGUUCGGGUCAAAUACUUUUUCUAAUGGGACCUUCAUGGCGGCGAGCUGCUGAGGCGGCGGUCUCCUCCGGGCUUUUGGCUUGGCUCGUGACAUCUCAUCCAGAAGCCCAGGGUCGAAAUCCACGUUUGAGCCAUACACAUCGUAGACUGCCUGGGCAUCUGUGUUCUGGAAUACCUGUUGAUCGAAUGCCAUUGUCGUGCUGAAAUUCCACUCGUCAUUCGCCAUCGCAGUAGACGAGAAGUCAGAAUCGUCCAUGCCAGACAUGCCCUGAGCUCCGCCAGGGGCGAACAGAGAUUUACGGCUGCCGCCCUGUGAUUCCCAAAGCUUGAAACCUUUGACCAACAGAGCUAGUGACGAGGCUGGGUACUCUUGGGCCGUGUUGGCGAUAUAAGGAUGUUUCUGGACCUGUUCGAUAGUCGGCCGUUUGGCGGGAUCCUCCUCGAGACAGUAGGCAACCAGAUUUUUCAGUCUAUCGGAGUACUGGUCGCCCUCAAGCCGUGGCGUGUGCGCCUUGAUGUAGUUGCCGAGCUGGUAAACAUCGACGCCGGCCAUGACAUUCGGUGGAAGACCAGAAGCAAUUUCAAACACCAUGGAGCCAAACGCCCAAAUGUCAACCUCGGUACCAUACGACGUCGACUGGUCGAAAAGUUCUGGUGCCAUCCAGUGAGGGGUUCCGAUGAAGGUUGAUCGCUUGUCGAACUUUGUCUCAAUCACGCCAGCGACUCCGAAAUCGCAAAGCUGCACCCCGCCAGCCUCAGUGACCAGGACAUUGGCGCACUUGAUGUCACGGUGAAUAAUCCCCUGCCGGUGAACCCAGGACACGGCUUCAGCAACCUCCCUGAGGAUAGGAAUGAUCCACUUCUCUUGCAAGCCACCGGGAGCUGUAGGCUUCAUGAGCGUUGCCACACUUCCGCCGGCGCAGUACUCGGUAAUCAUCCACAUGGACUGGCCAACAGGUAACGCGUCGAUGACAUGGUUGAUGUUUUUGGCGCCGCUGUCGCUGAGAAGUUUGAGGGCAUUGACCUCGGCUAGGAACUCUUUGAACGUGUCGGCGAGCUUGGGGUUGACAGUGUCGCUUUCCUCAAUGUCGAUAAUCUUGACUGCAACCAGCAUGCUAGUAUUGAUAUCGGUUGCUUUGUAAACACGCCCAAAACUUCCUUUGCCAAUGAGUUCAUUCAGAAGAUAGGGCGGCUUAUCCUGCCCAGCUUUUGUCACCUCGUCAUCCACCGCGGUCUGCAUCUUUUUCGCAUCUUCAAGGGCCUUCUGCUUCGUCACCGAGAAGUCUGGACCUCGGACUUGAAGCGACAUCUUGGGCGGAGGAUGACCGAUGAGAGCGGCCCGGAAAACUGUGCAAGUUCUGUUCGAAGGAGCGUACAGAGGAAAACAAAAUCAGCGCAAAGGAUCCGGAUCGAGGCCAGUUGAUCUUCGUGGCUCAAUGUUGAGUUUACCGAGCAGGCCAGAUGUUCUGAUGAGAUCGAGUAUUCAUCGAGGUUGGGUUGUACGAAUACUGCAAUCUGAUACGCCCAAGUUCAGGUCAAACACAGGGGGUGAGGGAGGUUGUUAGCACGGUGAA